UAAAUAGUUAUUGUACCUAUUAUAUCAGUAAACGAAAACUAAUUAAAUACCUAAUAUUUUACGUACGUUAUGGAUUUAGGAUGAAUAAAAGUUUUACUAUCUAAAAAAUGUAGGUAUUGAUCGAGGCUCCACUUACUCAUGUUUCUAAAAGGCAAUGAAUAGUUUUAAUCAGAUGCCUGAAUAUACUGUCACAUCAGAAAUAUAUGGAGAAUAUGAUUAUAGUACUGGCAGGAAGGCCAGCAAAGAUGGAAAUGUGAUAUCAGAGUUUCCAUUUUUAUUGCCAAAAGGAAAAAAUACAGCUCAAUUUGAUGAAGACAAUGAUCUAGAUGUAGAGAGGCCACAAAAAGAAGUUAUAAAGAUAGAACACAGUUCAAAAACUAACAUUUCGUUAGUUGGCUUGCAAGUAUGGAGAGGUGCCUUACUAUUAGGAGAUUUAUUGAUACACCUGGGGCAAACUGGUACCUUGAAUGGGAAAAAUAUACUGGAACUCGGGGCAGGCACUGGAUUGACCAGUUUUGUAGCUGCUAUGUACGCUAAGAAAGUCGUUUGUACAGAUAUAGAUUUAGGUGGUAUAUUGGAACUAAUAAAAUUAAACGCGAAAUAUAACUCGAAACUGAUAAAGUCCCAAUUCAAAGUUAUGCCACUUAACUUUACUAACACUGAGUGGAGUCCAACUUUGUUGAAUGAAAUAAAACGGUCUGAUAUUAUUAUAGCUGCAGAUGUAAUAUACGACGAUGACGUAACCGCAGCGUUCAUAUCAACUAUACAGAAGAUCCUCAACACGAACCCACCGAAAACUAUUUACAUAGUCUUGGAAAAGAGAUACGUUUUCACCAUAGAGCAUAUGGACUCAGUGGCACCUUGUUAUGAAACAUUCCUUCUUUUGCUGGACAAAGUCAAGGUACAUUCCAAUUGGGUCGUAGAACAAAUGCCUACGGACUUCCCCAAAUACUUUACUUAUGAUCGAGUCAAAGAUUUAGUUCUAUGGAAAAUAUCAUCUAAGGAAAGCUGAUAGAGAAUUAGUACCUAAUGUUUAAAGUAUAAGUUUGAAGUAAUAUAAUGUAUUUAG